AUGAAAAGCAGCAACAGGCAUGAUGUGGAAAUGACAGAGGAACUUGUUGGCCCACCUUUUCCUCCUCGCACCUGUCCCCAAGCCAUUGAAUUGCCCACAGAUGCUGUUGAUGGCAUUAGUGAAGAGCUUGUGCCACUUGCUAACCAAAAUCCUGAUCAGCGCAAAAAAGAAUCUUUGUGCAUUAGUAUCACUGUGUCCAAGGUGGAGAAAGACCAGCCUUCCAGAUCGGAGUCUUGUGAAGACCCACUUCCAGGGAUGUUGUUUUUUUUGCCAUCUGGUCAGCACCAGUCAGGCCAUUCCCAGUCAAAUGAAGCCACAACAGAAGAGUCUUCCGAGGCCAGUCAGCUUGAAGAGGUUGCUGAAGGUGACAGUGCACCUGAGGAGAAAAGCGCCUCAGCUGAUGCAUUUGUCCCGCUGGCGUCUCCUGUGGAAAGUACAUUACCAGUGCUCGAGGCAUCCAGCUGGAAGAAGCAGGUGUCACAUGACUUUCUGGAGACCAGGUUUAAGAUCCAACAGCUUUUAGAGCCUCAGCAGUAUAUGGCUUUUCUGCCCCACCACAUCAUGGUGAAAAUCUUCAGGUUACUUCCUACUAAGAGUUUAGUGGCUCUUAAGUGUACCUGCUGCUGUUUCAAGUUUAUCAUUGAAUAUUACAAUAUCAGGCCGGCAGACUCUCGCUGGGUGCGGGAUCCACGCUACAGAGAGGACCCAUGCAAGCAGUGCAAGAAGAAGUACGUGAGAGGGGAUGUGUCUCUGUGCCGGUGGCACCCCAAGCCCUACUGCCAGGCGCUGCCCUACGGCCCGGGCUACUGGAUGUGUUGCCACCGGUCUCAGAAGGGCUUCCCUGGCUGUAAGCUGGGGCUCCAUGACAAUCACUGGGUCCCUGCCUGCCACAGCUUUAAUCGGGCAAUCCAUAAGAAAGCAAAAGGGACUGAAGCUGAGGAGGAGUACUGA